AUCUUUUCUCGUGGUCUUGAAGUGAAAAGUUGAAAUGUUUUUGUAAAAUAGAAAGUGAGGAGUUAAGAUUAAGCAAUGGCGUCUGUGAAUGUUAAGCAUAAUAUUGUUUCUGCUCUCUGUAAACACCUCUCUUUGGAUCCCAAAUCAUUUUCAAGUGAUUUGGACAAUGAUUUGAAAAGCCUGUGCAUAAGCAUUUUGAAGUCAUCAAAAGAUGCGGCUGAGCUUGUAAAUGAUAAUGAGUUGAUAAAAUGGAUAGGAUUUGUUGAGAAGUUUCUUGUGAAAUCUGAGGCGCCCUUUAAGGCUCUUACUGAGUUGAAUGAAGAGUUGAUUACAAAGUCUGUUGUUCUGGGCAAUGGAUUGAAACCGUCCGCUGCUGAUGUUAUUGUCUUCUCAGUAAUACAUUCAAAUGUGAUUAGUCUUUCAAGUUCAGAUAGAGCAAAGUUGCCACAUUUGUUGAGAUGGAUGGAUUACAUACAGAACAAGGAGGAAUUUGCAAAACUAUUUGAAACAGUUUCGAUUGAGAAGACCCAAUUUAUUCCUCGGGCUUUAAAAACUGUAAAGAAGGUUGAAGACUCCAAUGCAAAGAAAACUGUCCCAGAGACAAAAGAUUCUAGUAGUUCAGAAAAGGUGGACUUAAAAGAAAAGAAACCUGCUGAUUCGAAGAAAAAAUCUGAAGAAGUUAGUCAAGCUGCCGUAGACAAGAAAAAAUUACCUGAAAAAGAGGUAGACAAGAAAGAAGAAGAACUUAGCGUUAGUCUGCUCAAAAUACAGAUUGGUUUGAUACGUAAAGCAUGGAAACAUCCAUCAGCUGACAGUUUGUUGGUUGAGGAAAUAGAUAUCGGAGAAGCAAAAUGUAGACAAGUGGUCAGUGGCCUAGCAAAAUAUUGUACUCCUGACCAGCUAACGAAUCGCCGUGUGGUACUUAUAACAAAUGUGAAACCUGGAAAAUUACGAGAUGUGAUGUCAGAAGGACUGGUUUUAUGUGCCUCUAAUCAAGAUCACACCGUUGUUGAGCCUCUAAUUGCUCCAGAAGGGGCUAAAAUUGGGGAAUGUGUUACAUUUUCUGGACAUGACGGAAAGCCAGAAGAUGUUCUUAAUCCCAAAAAGAAACAAUUGGAUAAGAUAACUCCGCAUCUUUCCACUGAUGGCACUGGAAUUGCGACAUUCAAAGGUAUCCCGUUCAUGACUUCAUCUGGACCAUGCACUUCGACCAUUCCCAAUGCAAGCAUCAAGUGAUCAAAGCGAUGAUUUUAUUGAAGUCUUACUCAGACUAGCAUGCACUAUAUUAAGUUUCUGUGAGAUUAUGAGACAUUCACAGCAGUUCCAUCGUCUACCUCGGCUCUGCAUGAACUCCAUAUUUACCUCACAGAAAUUGUACAAACAAAAUCCUGUUUUCUGAUCAAUCUAAGUCCCCCAAUCUUCAUAGCAGUGUAUGGUUUUUGAAUGUUGAUGGUUUGGUCGAUCAAGUUUAUGAGCUAUCAUUGUUCUUGAAAUUGUAGAUUGACAUGACAACACACAAAUACUUUCACAUUUUUCUUUCUUAAUCACAUUUAAUUCAGUGUGCUACAGA